CACUGAGCAAACAGAGAGAAGGUGAUAAAACAGCCCCUGGCGGUGGGAACUUUGCAUUCUGCAGGUGGCCUUGGGGUGCAGCUGAGCGUAGACAUGGGACCUCAAGGCGCCCGGCUCCUGGCAGUGGUCCUCGUCCUGGGUCUGUGCGCCGUGGCGGGGGCCGAGAAACCUUCCCCCUGCCAGUGCUCCAGGAUGGACCCCCAGAACAGGAAGAACUGCGGCUUCCCAGGCAUCACCAGUGACCAGUGCUUCGCGGCUGGGUGCUGCUUCGACUCCAGGGUCCCCGGGGUCCCCUGGUGCUUCAACCCCCUCCCGCAGCAAGGGAAAGAGGAGUGUGUCAUGGAGGUUUCGGCCCGUAGAAACUGUGGCUACCCGGGCAUCAGCCCCGAGCAGUGCGCGGCUCGAAAGUGCUGCUUUUCUAACAUCAUCCCUGAAGUGCCCUGGUGUUUCUACCCACUCUCCGUGCAAGAUUGUCAUUAUUGAGAGGCAGCGGCUUCAGAGAACCCGCCAGCUCCCUGGAUGUCCUGAAACAAGAGAAGAGUGCUCACCAUCUCCUCGGUCUCGUAUUCCAUGCUUCCUGAA